UAGGGCCAAAUCUUAAAGCCCUUUAAUAUUUUUUAUAGAUAGAUAGAUAGAUCCAAACCCUCUUUGCAAUUUACCCAAUAAAAAAUUAAAAGGAUAUUUGCUCACGGUGAUUGUAGCACGACGGCAUCAGAAUCGGAUUCACCGAGUUCAAUAGAACACGGUCCACGCGGUGGGAAACCGGUUUCGUACUUCUUAAGCGAACUUCGUUUCUUCUAUUCUGAAUUCUGAUUCCCGCGGUGUAGUUUAUCCAACAAGCAAUAGGGGAGUUGUCUUCAAGCUCCUGAAUCGCAGAGCCAUUUCCAUAUCUUGAGUUUUUCUGCUCUCCCCCCACCGAUGGAUAAUUCUGAGGCUCCUCCACCUUCCGCCAUGCGAGAUCGCAGAUCCGACGCUCUGGGCAGUCUCCGAGUCCUUCCAGACGAAAUCAUCUCUGCUAUUCUGGAAAACCUCACUACCAGAGACGUUGCUCGUCUCGCUUGUUUAAGCAGUGUGAUGUACAUUUUCUGUAAUGAAGAACCACUAUGGAUGGAUCUGUGCCUAAGAAUAUGCAGAGGUCCGCUACAAUACAAAGGUUCCUGGAAGAAGACCACUUUGCAUUUAGAGAAUGUACCAGAUAAAUAUAUAGAAAACAGUGGCAGGCCAAUGUCUUUUGACGGGUUCAACUCAUUGUUUUUGUAUAGAAGAUUAUAUAGAUGCUAUACAACAUUGGAUGGGUUUAAUUUUGAUGGGGGAAAUGUGGAAAGAAAGAUGGACAUUUCACCGGGAGAGUUUCGUCAUCAGUAUGACGGGAAGAAACCGGUUUUGCUGUUAGGAUUAACUGAUAGUUGGCCAGCAAGGAGUUCAUGGACAAUUGAUCAGUUAACGGCGAAAUAUGGGGAUAAAUCUUUUAGGAUAUCCCAGAGGAGCACUCGCAAAAUCUCAAUGGAAUUAAAGGAUUAUGUGUCUUACAUGAAUCUUCAACACGAUGAGGAUCCCUUGUAUAUUUUUGAUGAUAAGUUUGGUGAAACAGUCCCCAGCUUGUUGAAGGAUUACAGUGUGCCUCAGCUUUUCAACGAAGACUAUUUUGAAGUCUUAGAUCGAGAGCAGAGACCUCCAUUUAGAUGGUUUAUUGUAGGCCCAGAGAGGUCCGGUGCGUCUUGGCAUGUUGACCCCGCACUUACAAGUGCCUGGAAUACUCUUCUAUGUGGCCGGAAGAGAGCACUAGGCUUAUUGUUUGCUCAUUCAGCCCUGGUUUAUGGUGUUCUGUUUCGGAUUGCUGUUGAAACUAGGUGGGCUUUGUAUCCUCCUGGAAGGGUCCCUCUAGGUGUCACAGUUCAUGUAAAUGAAGAGGAUGGUGAUGUUAAUAUUGACACGCCAUCAUCACUGCAGUGGUGGCUGGAUUUCUAUCCACUUCUUGCCGAUGAAGACAAACCGAUUGAGUGCACCCAAUUACCAGGGGAGACAAUCUUCGUUCCAAGUGGAUGGUGGCAUUGUGUUCUAAAUCUUGAAACAACAAUCGCUGUCACUCAAAAUUUUGUGAAUUCUGUAAACUUUGAGUAUGUAUGCCUUGACCUGACGCCUGGUUAUCACCACAAAGGAGUAUGCCGUGCUGGAUUCCUGGCAAUUGAUAAAGCCAGUCUUGAUGGAGCCCAAACAAGUUGUGUCAGUGAUGAAGCUGAACAAAGUUACCCAGAUCUAACUAGAAAAGAAAAGAGGCUCAAGAUUAAAGAACACAAAGAAGAGUCAGAGUGUGAUAAAACUACAAAUGGGGACUCUGGAAGUCAUGAUCUUUGGAGACAAGAAUUCUCAUAUGAUAUAGAAUUCUUGGUCAGUUUUUUGGAUAAAGAUAGAGACCACUACAAUUCUCCAUGGAGCCUUGGCAAUUGCAUUGGACAACGAGAAAUGCGUGAAUGGUUAUAUAAACUUUGGAUUGGAAAACCAGGGGCAAGGGACCUCAUAUGGAAGGGGGCAUGUCUUGCGCUGAAUGCAGAGAAAUGGUUCCAUUGCCUUGUAGCAGUUUGCAAUUUCCUGAACUUGACUUCUCCAACAGCUGAUGAGAGACUUCCUGUGGGAACUGGAAGUAAUCCAGUAUAUCUCCUCCCUGACUGUGUAGUUAAAAUAUUUGUCGAAGGAGGACUGGAAACUUCAAUGUAUGGGUUGGGAACUGAGCUUCAGUUUUACAGUUUGCUGCAUAAAGUAAGCUCACCUCUUGAGUGUUUUGUACCUGAAGUUUUGGCGAGUGGAAUUGUUUAUUUUGAGAAGGGAAGUCAUAAAAUUGUGCCCUGGAAUGGUAAAGGAGUUCCAAAGAUUAACAACAUGUCCACACUGAUGUCAGCUGUGCGUGAAGAAGAUGAGUUCCCUUUUGGUGUGUGGAGUAAGAAUAUGUUUGAAUUGAGUAGGGCCAAUAUGCUAAGCAAUGAAUCAGCGAAUGCAAUAACUGGAUCCACAAAGAUAUGGCCCUUCAUAGUAACUAAGAGAUGCAAAGGGAAGAUAUUUGCUGAACUAAGAGACACAUUGUCUUGGGAAGAGGCUCUAAACCUUGCAUCCUUCUUAGGAGAGCAGCUACAGAACCUUCACCUCCUUCCUUGCCCUCCUAUUAACAAAUGUACUUUGCCAGAAACUCAUCACUCGACAGAAGGGGCCUUAGCAAAUUGGGACGGGGUUGAUACUUCUGUAAAGCUAGAUUAUUCUGCAGAGACAGAGAUCUUAACAAAGACACUAUCUGUGAAGAAGAAGAAUGUCAAAGCUAGCUUAACAACUUGGUAGACAGCUUUUCUAUCACUUUCAGUUUGGGUUUCUUGCAGUUCAAAGUUUGUGCAUUAAGACAACUUAAUCAAGGAGCAAGUUUCCAUCAUGCCUGUGUAUGAGACCUUGUUUAAGAGUCCACUGGAAGUUCUACCCAUAUGCUCUGAUAUGUUCACUUACCACUAUUGCAGGGGAGAUCCAAUUCCUAGUUCACUGAUAGAAAAAGUAGAUGACUAUUUGCCACAAGAUUUUUCCAAUUUUUUCCCCACAUGCCAGGAUGAAACUGGAUGGGAUGGAGUCUGUAAACCUUUCUCCUGGAUACAUGCAGACAUUAUGGAUGACAAUGUUCAUAUGGAAUCAACUACAGCUGGCCUCGAUGGAAAUUCUGCAGAUAGUUCACAGGAAAACUCCAGCUCUGUGAACGGCUGCAAGGAUGGAGGAUUUCGGACCUGCUGGCAUCCUGGCCACAUUCUGGAUUUUAGUAAUCUUAAAUGUGGCGAGCGCAUCUUGGAUAUCAUACCAAUCUACUUGGAUAUCUUUAGAGGUGAUUCAAGUCUCCUUAAGGUACUAUUGGAUCGCUACAAGCUACCUUUGCAGAUGAAACGGAGCAGUGUAACUAUCGAGGAGAAGUUUGGACGACUUUCUUACCGUGCUAUGUGUUACUGUAUAUUGAACGAAGAAAAUAUACUGGGGGCAAUUUUCAGCAUGUGGAAGGAACUCAGAGCAGCAAAAUCCUGGGAAGAAGUUGAGUUGGCAGUCUGGGGAGUGCUGAAUGACAACGAGGCUGUUUCGUAAAUGACCAUGUCGCUGGAACUGCUUUUGCAGCCAUCUCCGAUAUAUUUCCUACCCAUCCCUCUUGAAAAUGAGAUCUGUCUGUGUUUUUCAGAUGACCAGGUGGAUGUAUUUGAUGAUGAUGUUUUUAUAGAACGAGUAAUGAAGACGUGAGGAGUUUACAAA